AUGAAAAGAACUAUUCAAUUAUUUUUAACAACUAUUUUAAAUAAUUAUUUAAUAAUAUUAUUAUGUAAUUAUUACAUUUUCAAUUUGAUUUAUCUAGUUCCAAAAAUUAAAAAUGAAGGAAAGAGACAUAUUAGUGAAAUUAAAGAAGGAAAUAUUGUGUUUGAAGGUGUUUCAUUUUGUUAUCCAACAAGACCAGAUAUGUUAAUUCUUAAUAAUUUCAAUCUAGAAAUUAAAGCUGGACAUUCUGUUGGAUUAGUUGGUGCAUCUGGAUGUGGUAAAUCAACAAUUAUUGGAUUAUUACAAAGAUUAUAUGAACCAGUGGAUGGUAAAAUUAUGAUAGAUGGUAUUGAUAUUAGAGAGUUUAAUUUGUAUGAAUACCGAAGUAUGUUUGGAGUAGUUGGAAAAGAACCUUCACUCUUUGCAAUCUCAAUCAAAGAAAAUAUAGCACUUGGUGCACAUAGAAAUAUUCUUGCACCACAUUAUCAUGAUACAUCAGAUCCACAAGAUUGUUUAUUGAUGCCAGAACUAGAAGAAAAAAUUAUGAAAUGUGCACACAUUGCUAAUGCUACUAAUUUUAUUAAUUCACUUCCUCAAAAAUUCGAUACAGUACUUGGUCAACGUGGUGCUCAAAUAUCUGGAGGACAAAAGCAACGAAUUUCUAUUGCAAGAGCUUUAAUGAAUGAUCCUAAAUUACUUAUUCUUGAUGAAGCUACUUCUGCAUUAGAUUUUAAAUCAGAAAAGACUGCCCAACGAGCAUUAGAUAAGGCUGCUGGAAGAACAUCAGUUAUUAUUGCACAUAGAUUAUCUACAAUUAGAGAUGCACAUAGAAUUCUUGUAUUUGAUCAUGGACAAGUUGUUGAAGAUGGAAAUUACACAACAUUAAUGGAAAAACAAGGACUAUUCUAUAAACUUGUUAAAAAUCAAGAAAUGGGAAAGAAACAACAAGAGAAAUUUGAUAAUGAUGAAGAUUUAGAAGAAGAUGUUGUUCCUGAACAAAAUGAAGUUGACAAAACAUAUAUUGAAGUUGAUGAUGAUCAUAGAACUAAUUGGCAAAAAUUUAGUGCACAUUUCUUUGUAUUUGGUUGA